CAGGGAUAGCGCAGCUCGGGGUUGCUGUAGUGAUGGGCGGUGGAUUACGGACCCUCUGUAGAUAACCGGAAUGAGUAUUUGCACCAGUUGCUCGCUUCCAGUUUGUUUCAUUAAAGAUUUGCAUUCAGGUGCUGAAGCGACAAAUGCCACAAGAAUAAGCUGAGAGCUCACAAAACACUGAAAAGAGACUGCUGCCUCAGCUUACUCGUGGACAUUAAUUAAGUGGUCCUUCCCGAGCCCUCGUACCAUCCAAGAGUAGUUAAGAAGGAAGCGAAUAUGGCCAGCGGUAACAGACCUCCCACAGCUCGUUCUGCUUCAAGAGCAGGAGCAGGACUGACCUCUUCAUCAAGGCCUGCCUCUUCAUCGAGGACUCCGUCAGCAGGCAGAAUAGGAACAGCGAUGCCUCCUAGUACAGCAAGACCUGGUUCUCGUGGUGGUUCUUUAACUCCUGGAGGAGUCUUAUCAUCUCAGAUUAAGGUUGCAGACCGUCCAGUGACUCAACAGGGAUUAAGUGGAAUAAAAACUGCAAUGAAAGGUCCUCAGAGACAAAUAAUGGAUAAAACAUACUACCUUGGCGUGCUGAGAAGUAAAACAAAUGAACUUACAACAGAAAUUAAUAAGCUGCAGGAAGAAGUAGAAAUGUACAAGCAAGAGAAAUCUAUCUAUUUGUCCUAUGAAAAACGGGCAGAGGCUUUAGCUGGUGAAAUCAAAGAUUUUCAAGGUCAACUAGCAGACUACAACAUGGUUGUGGAUAUACUUAACACCAGUACAGAUAUGGCAGAAGUGAUCCGUGAUUACAACAUGUUAAAGGUUCAGAAUGACCGAGACACUCAGAAUAUAGAUAAGAUUUUCACAGAAAGACAAGCCACAGAAAAGUUAAUUCAAGCUGUAGAAGAAGAUAUUGAGCGUGAAAAAGUUGUGGCAGAUGACAUAAUGAAAGAUAUGUCACAGGAAAAUCAAGCUAAAUAUCUGGAGAUAAAAGCAGCCAAUGAGAAACUCUCCCAGGAAUUGGUUGUUCAACAGCAAGAAUUGGAUGCACUAAAUGUAAAGGAAGAGAGUCUAAGAGCUGAAAUAGCACACUCUGGGGUGAAACAGGAAGCUGUGCAGUUGUAUGAAAAGCUCCAUGAGCUCAAGGAACGUCGAGAUCGGAUGAUUGCUGAGGAUAAGAACAUGGAGUCUCCACAAGACGAAAGAGACAGAUUACUAAAGCAGGUUAAAGAUGAUAGUCAAAAAAUUGCAAGCAUGGAAAGACAGUUGGCAGAAGUAAAAGAAAAAAUAGAUUAUUUUAAAAAGGUCAUUCAACGACUUGAUACAGAUCUGGAGAACUAUCGAGGGGAAGAAAAUUGGAGAUACAAGGAGUUGAAGAAGCGGGAAGAGAGCAUGGACAAUUUUCUAGCGACUUUUGAAGAAGUGAAGAAUCAGGAAUUGGAACGAAAGGCCCAAAUAGAAGCCAACAUUGUUGCACUCCUGGAGCACUCGAGCAGGAAUCUGAAUCAUAUGAAACAAAUUUCAUCUGUUACCAAUCAAGACCUGAAGAUUAUGCAGGAAGACCUCUCUUUCAAAUCAAAUGAAAUGCAGAAAUCACAGAGCACUGCUAAGAAUCUGAUUACAGAGAGUCAAAAACUGCAGCUGGACCUACAGAAGAUGGAACUGUUGGAGGGCAAGAUGGUUGGUGAACUGGCUUCUCUUAAAGACAAAAUUGAACAGACAAAAGCAGAGUUGGAGAUCUACAAUAAUUUGCCAGCUCUGAAAGCAUCAGGAGAAGAAAAGAAAAAGAAACUAGAGGAUGACAAAGAAAAAUUAACAAAACACAGUCGUGCUUUUAAGAAAAUAAUGGAGCUUUUGAAUACAGAGUAUGAGGCACUAAAGAAGGAGCUGCAAGAAAAUGAGACCCAUUCUCAGCUUACAAAUUUGGAGAGGAAGUGGCAGCACCAUGAGCAAAAUAACUUUAUGAUGAAGGAGUGUAUCCUUUUCUUUAAGAAGCAAUCUUUUACUCAUUUUAUGCUAUGACAUCAGACUGAGAGGACAUGAAUUAACUGUCAGCAUCUGCAUAGUGGAGAUAUUUAAAAUCUCUUCUCUCAGCAGGGCUGAGUAAGUAUCACCUCCCUCAUCUUGCCUGCCAAUGCUCUUCCUAGCUUGUCCCAGAAUACUGCUGGCCUGUUUUGCUGUGCAUUGUUGGCUAUUGGUCACCUUGGUGUACACCAGGAAGAGCCUCAAUAUGCUUCUCAGUAAAGCAGGUUUCCAGCCACUCAGCCCUCAGUGUGCAUGGAUGCCUGGAUUGUUCCUCUGCUGGAGCAGGACUGUGUAUGUAUCUGUGUGGAAUUCCAGUGUGUGGAACUUCAUGACAUUCUUGGCUGCCAACUUCACCUGUUUAGAUCCCUCUGAACAGCACUACACCCAUUUGGUGUAUCAGCCACUCGUCCCAGCUUUGUGUCAUCUGCAAGCUUCCUGAGGGUGAUCUCUGACCCAUCAUCCAGGUUAAAAGUGAAAAGGUUAAACUACAUUGCCCUCAUAUCCAUGGCUGUGGUAUUCCACUACUGGCUGGCCUCCAACUGGACUUCAGGCCACUUACCACACAGUGAGCCCCAAGCCUGCUUAUCAGGUUGGGUAAGCAUAAUUUCUGCUUCAUAAGUCUGUGCUCUCUUCUCAUGAUCAACUUCCCAUCCUUUAUGUGUCUGGAAAUCAUAUCCAGCCUUAGUUGCUUCACAACUUUCUCAGAGAUUGAGAUGAGGCUGACCAGUCUGUAAUUGGACAGAUCACUCUUCUUGCUCUCCUGAAGGUAGGAACGACACAUUCUAGCCUUCAAUAGUCAGAAGCCUCUCCCUUACCAUCAUAAAAUAAAAAAGGUACUCAGGAAUGACCUUGCAAUGCCUUAAGUCAGCUACUUCUCUACACAUGUGGGUACAUCUCAACAAGCUCCAUGUAAUUACGUAUAUGCAGUUUGUUAAAAGUUCCCUUACCUAGUCCCCCUUCAGUAAGAUGCCACUGAGGCAUUAGGAUACCAGGUUUGACAAUUACUGUCACUUCCACAUCCCACUUCAAUGGCACGCUGUAUGAAAAGAAGCAUUUCAAUUUCAAAGCUUUCGAUCAAAGUAUCUGUUGCUGCCAUGCUAUUUGUGCUUGAGGACAAGCACAGGAAUUACUGUUGUUGUUCCCAGCUCGUGAUGGCAUGACAGUACACCAACCUCAUUCCCAUAUAUACAGGGAUAUCAUCAUAUCUCCAAGCAAAUUGUAUUUUUGCUGCAAGCAAAAGUUAAUUCUCUUGCUGGUCUUCUGCUUCGUCUUGCCUUCAUUAUUUUUCACGGUGAUUUUAAAAAUAAGUUUAUUUUUAAAUUUUUCUUAGCUUAGAAGACAACAGUGCAAUAUUCCUGUGAGCAAUUCCAGACAGGCAGAACACUGAGAGUUCUUUUUGCCUGACAACUUUAGUUAAUGGCUCUUAGUGCUAGUAUGUGCUGUUUCACAAUUGUAGGGACAUGUUUCUAAGAUGAAGUGUUUGUAAAUUCCUUCUGUACACUUCUGUUUUCCUGCUGCAAGCAUAAAACAAAAAUACAAAGCAUAAUGCAGCCCUUAUGAAGAGGUGCAAGCCAUUAGAAUGUCUUAGUUUGAGGAGAAAGGGAUUAAGGCUUACUUUGUAACUGUUCUUAAAGUAUCUGCUUUGAGUGAGCUCCUUUGAAAUGUUUCUCAUGGUGAUAAUGGGUGUGGCGGAUGUAGCAAUUGGAGUGAAAACCGUUCAGAUUUUGAAAGUGGUUCCAAAAUUGGAGCUCACUUGAACGCCUGCAUGGUGUGAAUAGUAGCUGAGCACCAAAUGAUACACGUCUUGUAUGUGCAGAGCAAGGCUCUAAAAUGCAGGUCAAUGAUUCAGAAGGGAACUGCAUUCCUCCCAAACAAAAUAGUUGUCAUCUUUUUCUUUUUGAAUAAAGAGGAAGGAAGCCUUUAAGCACUCACUGCAACAGAGAUAAUCUGAAUUCAAAUCCCAGCUUUGAUCAAUCAUUUGUUGUGAUUGACAGAAUCUUGGAGCAAUGGAAGAAAUGUUUUGCCCUGACUUGUUCUCAACACUUAGAGGUCCUCCUUUAAGGAAGGAGGACUAACUGGACAAUAUGCCAAAUGUGUGAGAUGGGAGUCAAUGUUCCACAUUAAAAAAAAAAAAAAAAAAAUAAAAGAAAAAAAAAAAAAGAGAGAAAGAGCCAGAAAUGUAAAAUUAUCCACUCUUGUUUCCUCUUGUAUAGCUAAUUCCUUGAAAGUAACAUUAAUUUAAAGUGACUGAACUUGAUUCACUGAGCACUGGUAUCUUUGUAUCAGGCUCAAGAUUUCUGCUGUGCAGCAAAGGAUGAGUAAGGUGCAAGACCUCUGUCUCCAACAUACAACUCAAGUUUGCCCAUAAGUACUUGUGAUGUAAGGGGGACUUCGCACUUCUUACAAUUAAGAAUAAAAAUAGAA